GAAGUAUUCAAAUAGAAAUUUGAGUUGUAAGUUUCAGUUUUGAGUGUGGUUGUUGAACUGACCCCUCUAUUUUAUCUCUUUACAUUUUCAUACCCAAAGUUUUUUUAUUAUGUUAUACACCUUUCCUAUAAAUUGUCUUUAAAGUCUCCCAUUAGCUUCUAUUUUACUGUUUUGCUCUCUCUCUCUCUCUCUUAACAUAUUUUUUUUUAAAAAGCAAAACCAUUUGUGCUAGUGAAGAAACGUUUUCUCUCUGUCAAAAAUGUCACGAAAAACAUGCAAACGAGUAAGUUUUUGUCCGAACCCUGAAGCCACAGAUGAACCUAUAUUCCCUAAACAUCACGACCGGAGAAAGGUGGUCCUGAUCGGAUUUCUCAGUUGCGGUCUAAGGAGCUCGCCUGCCGCGAGGAAGCUGAUGCGACGUAUAGGAGCUAGUUUCGCUAGAACGCUGCGUUCUAUGUCCUUGAGGAGGAAUACGACCGAUAAAACAUCGUCAACGGUAUUGCUGUCUUCGUCGUCUGCUUCCUCUUCAUCGACUAUUUAUAUGAAAAGGUCAAAGUCUCUAGCUGAGUCGGAGUCUCACAGAGCAGAAGCUAUUGAAGACUGCAUUAAGUUCUUGAACUCUUCUUUUCCUCUGACAAGAUCAAACUCUGUCCCAACUUGGUCUUCUUGAUUUGAACCGGGUUUGGAUUUGGAUCGGUUCAAUAGAACUCCUCUCUUUUCUGUUGUUGUGGUGUUAAAAGAGUUGAACAUUGUAUAGGUGUGCUUUAUUUAUUUUUUUCUUUAAAGUCACAAAAAAAAAGAUUAUGAGUUUUGAUUAGAAAGACAAUAAUUCUUGAUCAUAUUAUCUACCAUUCAUCUUGCAAAACUUUUAGCGAAAGAAAAGAAUUCAGUGCAGACCAUAGAUUAAGGUUUAAUUAUGGGGAAGAAAUAGUUAGAAAGUUAGACUAAAUUUAUAUGUUUCUAAUAUUUACAUUGUAUUAAGCCAUUAAUAUGAUUAAAUUUCAUGAACCUGGAAUAUAGUUAGUUUCUUAAAAUUUAAUGACAAAAGAAAAAGAGGGAAG